AUGCCAACCACCAAAACAGGACGUUCAGCGGACCCAACCUACUCGGGGGAGCGAGGGCAUGGCCUCAGAGGGCUUCCGGACAAUACACGCCAUCUGCUGAUUACGUUUCUGGGCGAGCUAAUCGGCACAUUUCUCUUCCUGUUCUUCGCCUUUGCUGGUACUCAAGUUGCAAACAAUCUCCGAAAGAUCAACGGCACUUCAAACAUGAAUCUAGCUUCAUUGCUGUACAUCUCUCUGGCCUUUGGGUUCUCUCUAGCAGUCACUGUUUGGGUCUUCUUCCGCAUCAGCGGAGGCCUGUUCAAUCCUGCAGUAACAGUCGCAUUGGCCCUUGCCGGAGCAAUUGGAUUCAUCAAGGCUUUGUUGCUCAUCGUUGCACAGUUCCUCGGUGCUAUUAUAGCUGCAGCUAUAGUCUCUGGACUCUUCCCUGGACCUUUGGCUGUCAACACAACCCUUAGUCCCGAGACUUCGGUGACAAGAGGAUUGUUCAUCGAAAUGUUUCUUACUUUCAUGCUUCUUCUUACAAUCUUCAUGCUAGCGGCAGAGAAGCACAGAGCGACGUUUCUUGCCCCGCUUGUCAUCGGUCUUGCGCUUUUCAUUGCUGAGCUUGCCGGCGUAUACUUCACUGGAGCCUCCUUGAAUCCUGCUCGUUCCUUCGGGCCUGCUGUUAUCACAGGUGUCUGGCCUGGUUAUCACUGGAUCUAUUGGCUUGGGCCUUUGCUCGGUGCUUUGCUGGCAGUAGGCUUCUACAAGUUGCUCAAGCUACUCAAUUAUUCGACUGCAAACCCAGGUGCAGACAGCGACGGCCUUGAGAAGCACCGCACCACAGCUCGAUAUGUCGCCACCGAUGGAACAGUAGAGCGAGAUAUUGGGAGCCGAGGCCAUCAUUCUGAGACGAUCGACCAUCCCAAUGACCGCCCGCGUGCGCAUUACACGCAUAGCUCUUCACGUUACGACAUAUCGUCGGAUUCAAGCUAUCGCAGCGGCCCAAGUGCAGAGUCUGGCAGCUUGGGAUCGUAG